AUGCCAUACGCCGCAGAAGGGGAAACAAUCGCGCCGGCGGUCCUUCAAGGGGCCGAAUGGAAGACAAUCGUCAGCAAGAGGCAUGAAGAAUUCUACCAACGCGAGCGCCGGGAGGCCGCGGAGCGCCGUGCCCUCAACGCGCUCCUGCAACCGACCGACUCAGCGAGUUCGCCCGCUGACAAGGCACACAACAAAGAUUACGACGAUGAAGAUGAAAAAGACUACAGGGAUCACUCGGAAAAGAAGGAGAAAUCUAGGAGACACCCCUCAAGAACCCGACGACGACCUGCCAGCCGAGGGCACAGCUCCAGGCGAUCGAGGGACAGAUCAGCCUCCUUCCCGCCCCUUGAAGAAAUGAAGAAAGCCGGCAGUAACCAAUCCGGCGGCAGAAGCGGCAACAGCAAGACAAGCAACAGCCACGACAACAAGAAGUCUGAGAAGACCUCGAGGUCAAGACGCAGCAGCAGCAGCUCCAGGAAAGCGGACAAACAGCGCAUCAACGCCCACCACAAGACUUCAAAGUCCCCUGGGCCAGGGCGAGCCAGCGUCACAGCUUCUGCGUCGAGCAGCGUGCCCUCCUGGGACCGAUAUGCAGCAUUGAGUGACUUAUUCAACGACAAGGCACCGGCCGACUCGUCGAGUUCAGAGGCCAGCAAAGGAGCGACCACCAGCAGGGGAGGAACGCCAACAAGUGCCUUCACGGGGCCUGCGCUACCAAGGCCGCCGUCUAGACGAUCGGAGGCUGUACGUGGUCGGGCAUCGCCACUGCCCAUGAGCCGGACGGAGAGCGUAGGCAGCCUGAGCAGCGACUUCAAGACGACGCCCAUGCCCCGGUCGUCACGGGGUCCCUCACCACUCACGAUUGGCUUGUGUGACUCCAUCCCGCUGGCUAUCGCCUUCCAGGAGGUGGUGCACGCUCGCUGAGGAACGGACGAGACCCUCUGCCAGGUAAAACUCUUGGGCGACAUGAAGGUGUCCUUCCCUGCGGGCAUUGUCCACGUGCUGACAAACAACCCAUCGCCAGCCACACUAACCUUCAGGGUCAACACAGCUCGCUUUGACAACGUCCUACCCAACAAGAACCUCAUCACAUUGGACGCGAGCCAGUCAACAAGCGACCGGUGCGUCUACGAGUUCAACAUGUCGUUGCUGACAGGCCUGCUGCGACGGCAGCAUGAGCAGACACCCUCGGCGUCCUACUUCAACAUAGACAUCCUCAAGUACCAUGUGCGGGCGGGGCCUGGUGCUCGGUCGGCGCCCCUGCACCUGGUCGCCUACUGGAAGACGCAGGAGGACAACACCAACCUCAAGAUUGACUACGAGUACAAUGCCAAGGCCCUGAGCCUGCCGGCGGGCACAGGGGCCACUGGAGUGAGCCAGCCUGCGUCAGCAAACCUGGCACCAUCAGCACCGGGGCUUCCGCCACUGACGGGACUAUGUCUGGGCGUGCCAAUGGACGGUGGCGUGACGAGUGUGCAGGCCAAGCCUUCAUGUGUGUGGAACGGGGAGACCCAGCGCGCCCUGUGGAGGCUGAAUGACCCACUGGGUGGGACGGCAGGCAGUCAGCGGGGCGGGUCCGUGCUGGCACGCUUCGCCCUGUCGCGGGGACCUUCUACGCCUCGCCCCCUGGAGGCGCGCUUCCUCUGUGAGGGAGCGACCCUAUCCGGUGCCAGCUUUGAGCUGAUUGGCCAGGGCUACCGCGUGUCUCUAGUCAAGAGGCAAAUAUUGUCGGGCAAAUACCUAUGCGAGCCGUGACAUUUGCCCGCGACGGCGAUGACGGGCCGUCCCCUGCCACCUGUCCCCGCCUCCCCGCCGUCAAGCCCCGACGAACAAGACAGCAGCGCUCCACAACCAACCACAGCGGCGGCGGCGCCCGCGCCGGUUGCUGGUCCGACCGACGAGCGUGUCGCCACUCCGCC